AUGGUUAAGACUUUGAGGGCCAAGGAAUUGAAAAAUACUCAAGAAGAGUUGAUGAACGCAAAGAAAAAUUUGAAGCUCGCCAAAUGCGACUUGAAAAAAUGUUCUGAUCAAGUCGGUAAACUGGAAAGUCUGUUGAAGAAGCGAAAAGAGGAAAAACUCGAUUUGCAGGCUAAGGUAUCAUCGCAAGAACAAGAACUGCUGAAUCAGGCAUCGACCAUCAGCAGCUUGGAGGAGGCGCUGAAAAUGUCGGAGAGGAACUUGCAAAACAGCGAAACGAAUCUGAAGACGAAACAAGAACAAUUUUCGGAAAUACUACAGGCGAAGCCUUACGUGAAAAUACUGGAAGAACCCGCCUCUAAGUCUCUGAGAUUUCGGUACGAAUGCGAGGGUAGGUCGACCGGAUCCAUACCCGGAGUUAACAGCACGCCCAAGAAAAAAACUUUUCCUGCCAUCAAAGUGGAAGGUUUUCAAGGAAACGCAGUGGUGGUGGUUUCUUGUGUGACAAAGGACUAUCCUUAUAGGUGA